CACACACUGAGCUCGUCAUACAACAAAUCGCAUUUGCACGCCCUCAGCAAGCAUGGAUUGCUAUCCUGCAGAUUGCAGGACGUUGUAUUGUAUUUUCCUGCUGGCUGUGUCGGUGUCCUCCGCCGCUAAAAUGUAUAACCUAGAGGACAACAAUGGAGCAUUGCAGAUCCAGAUUAAUGGAAACACGGUGUUGAACCAUACCUUUCUCUCUCCGUCAUUUUACGUGGGACAAGGCAAGACGAUAUUCAUGGAAGCUCUGGGAAAUUUUCAUGUUAGAAAUUACAUCAAAGAAAGAGUGGCACUGCGCCAGUACUUCCGCGUGUCCAACAGUACCACCUCAGACGUGUACAACUUUACUGAUGGAGGGAUCUACUCUGUACAAGUAACGUUUGAAACCAAGCUUGGCCAGGAUUUGGUUGUAUCGUUCAGGAACAAUGGUCAACAUUAUACCCACAGUUGGGUUGUGUUAGCAGCCCUUCCGUCGGACAAGAUUUACGGUGGGGGAGAACAGUUUACUCACUUUAAUCUCAGGGAAAGGACGUAUAACUCACUGGAGCUGUUCUCCGUCCUACGAUCAGAUGACCUGACCUACCCAAUAUGGACACGAGAACAAGGAGUAGGACGAGACAAAAGCACCAACACCACCUUCUUUGCCGACCUACAGUCCGGCGGCGGAGGAGACUUUGCCACCACGUACUUUCCUCAGCCCACCUUUAUUACCUCCCGGAAGUACUACUUUCAUUUCACCUCCACUAGUUACAUGGUGUUCGACUUCAGUGUCCCAACCUCUCACGAAGUCUUCCUUAAUGGAGAUUUUGGAGAAAUCUACUUUAAAGCCGCAUCCUCUUUUAGCCCUUUGGUUGAGAGCCUUUCAUCAGAGUUUGGACGUAUGCCGAAAUUACCACGCUGGAUUUACGAUGGAAUCAUAAUGGGGGUACAAGGAGGAACGGAUGUCAUGAUGCAAAGGUACCAACAAGCAAAGGCUCAAGGAGUGAAUGUUCGGGGACUGUGGAUUCAAGACUGGUCUGGAAUUAUCAGGACAUCGUUCGGGCAGAGAGUGUUUUGGAACUGGAAAUGGAAUGCAACAAGAUAUAAAGGGUUAGACGAAAAAAUCAAAGAGCUUAAAAAAGACGGUGUAAGAAUAACAGUUUAUAUUAAUCCCAACUUGAACAGCAAGGGCCCACUCUUCCAGGACGCAGAGGCGAAAGGUUACCUUGUAAGGAACAAGACGGACCAGACGUACCUCUUAAACUUUGGAGAAUUUUUUUGUGGAAUAGUUGAUUUGACCAACACUAGCGCAUACGACUGGUACAAAGGGGUCAUCAAGAAGAACAUCAUAGACUUAGGUAUAGGUGGCUGGAUGGCGGAUUUUGGAGAAUACCUACCCGUGGAUGCAAAACUGAAAGGUGGAUCAGGCGAACAAUUUCACAACCAGUGGCCCGUUCUGUGGGCCAAGCUAAACCGUGAGGCCGUACAGGAGUCGGGGAAGGAAGGGGAGGUGGUGUUUUGGAUGAGGGCAGGACAUACGGGUACCUCUAAUUUCACCACACUUAUGUGGUCGGGAGAUCAGAAUGUUGAUUGGAGCGCGGGAGAUGGGCUUCCGUCUGUGAUCCCCUCUGCUUUGUCCUCAGGAUUAUGUGGGAUCGGAAUGACUCAUAUUGACAUAGGUCUCUAUACGACUUUUGGAGCGCUAGGGUUGAAGCGGUCUGCUGAGCUGCUUCUAAGGUCAGCUGAAAUGGCGGUAUUCUCACCUGUAAUGAGGACACACGAAGGCAAUCAGCCCACCUAUAACGUGCAAAUGUACAGUACCGUGACCAUUCUACGUCAAUUCAAGCGUCUGGUUGACAUGCACAGAGAUCUGUCUAACUAUACAUCUACUGCUAUGGAUGAAUACAUCGCGUCAGGAAUACCAGUUCAAAGACCACUAUUCUUGAUGUACCCAAGCGACAUGAAAACGUACGACCUAAAGUAUCAAUAUAUGUAUGGUGCGGAUAUCCUUGUUGCUCCUGUGAUUAAGCCGAAUGUUCGAACACAAACUGUUUAUCUCCCUAACGAUAAAUGGGUAUAUUUAUGGAAUAGCACAGAUGUGAAUAAUGGGGCGAUAACUGUGAAUGCUCCUGUUGGAUUGCCUCCCGUGUUUGUUCGUAAGAACAGCUCUUUUCUAAAUGAUAUUUUAUCUCUUGCUGACUAUAAAGUCAUACCUUUCAAUCCGCCCACACCCCAGGUCAACGUUUCAAAUGACUCUCCGCUCACGAACUCUUUUUCCUCUUUGACUCUAGCCGUAUUCUGUAUCGUGUGUCGUCUCCUCAGAAUUCUGUGAUCCAGUUUGCGUAACGUAAGACAGAGACUAUGAUAUAAGAUGGGAUGUGGAUUUGAAUGAAGGAAGCAGUUCUCAAUUCAGAAACUAAAGAGAGCCCAUUUAUCCCACGUGUACCUACGUAUUUAAAAUCUAAGAAUCAGUGUCGGAAACUCGUUAAGCUUUUGAAAAUGAUUUCAUUUU